UCACGGUUCCUCCCUUUGAGCAGAAAACUGCCACUGAGACGGCAACACUUCAAGUUCAUCGCCGAAACAGUGAAGAUUCACCUUGAAGAUGGCCCUGACCGUGGCAGACAGAGCCGUCGGGGCCAUUAUCGGGGCGGCCGUGGCAGAUGCAGCAGCCCAGCCCAUGCACUGGAUCUACAGCCCCGACAGGCUGAAAGAGGUCCUCUCCGAUCUGGAGCCCUGUCCCGAGUUCCGGCCUCAGUCGGCCAAUCCUUUCUACCGCCGGACGACGGGCGAGCAGUCCUGCUACGGAGACCAGGCCUACGUCCUGCUGGAGUCGCUCAGCCAGUGUGGAGACGUGAGCGUGGAGGAUCUGAAGCAGCGCAUCUACAAGUUCUUCGGCCCGGGGACGGUGUACGACCUGCCUCUCAACGACCCGUACAGGAAGAAAGGAGGUCCCAAAGCCGUUCUCCCCAUCGACGGCCCGUGGAGGAACGGCAGCCUCAAGGCCUUCUUCAGGAACGUCGACGCCGGAAAAGAGGACUCUGGCUGUGAAGUGGACUGCCAGAUGGACGGGGUCACCAAGCUGGCCCCGGUGGUGGCCAUGUUCGCCGGGCGGCCGGAGAUGCUGGAGAAGGUGGAGAAAGCCAUGAGGGUCACCCAGAACAACGACAUGUGUGUGGCGGUGACGCUGGCGGCGGCCCGGAUUCUGGAGCACUUCAUCCUGAACGGUCCCGAUCCCAAAGCUCUGGACGCAGUUCUGGCUCAGAUGAACGACCCCAGCAGACAGAACCCUCAGGAGCUGGACCGCGCCGUCGUUGCACACCUCCACCAGGUGAAGGACAACCUGGCCAAGUCGUCCCAGCAGCUCAUCCCGGCCGUGUUCACCAACACAUGAGCUCUGCCCGGUGCGUUCCAGGGAGCGCUUCACGGCGUCCUGACGCUCGACCAGCUGGACGAGGCUGUCAGGGACACCAUGCGCCGCGGGGGAUGCACCGCCAGCCGAUCCUCCUUCAUCGGGGCCUGCUUCGGGGCACAGACCGGAGUCCAGGGCAUCCCGGAGUCCUGGAGGAAGAGGACGCUCAGAUACCCGCUGCUGCUGGAGCUCGCGCAGAACGUGGUCAAGAAGCAGCAGUAGUUUAGAUUCCCUCCCCGUUGAGGAAGUGUUGCUGUGUCAGGAACUCUCCGGGGUUCUGGAGGCUCUUUGACGGAGUAAUUAAUGACAGUUGCACUCGAAGGCCUGGCGCUGGGUGAAACUUGAGUCCGUUUGCUCCGUCGAAGCUCCGAGCCGUCAGGAAGUCUGACCAAAUAAAAACACUUUCAUGUUACCA